AUCAAUUCAAUUAAUUGGUUGUGUUCGUGUCAUGUUCAUCAGCCCCUCUCUUUUGACUUUCCUUUCCUUUCCUCCUUCUUAACGUUAUUAUUUCUUCUCUCUCAGUUUUGUCUUCUCUAUUCCCUUCACUCACAGCUUCUCGCAAAGAAAGAAGAAAGAAAAAAGAAAUAAUAUGUCUUGUUUGAUUUGUGUGUGUUUGUUAUUUGUUGUGCUCCUCCAAUGUCCUAUCUCAUCCCUCUCAACAAACUCCGAAGGAAACGCUCUUCAUGCUUUGAGAAGCAGACUUUCUGAUCCCAACAACGUCCUUCAGAGCUGGGACCCAACUCUUGUUAACUCAUGUACUUGGUUCCACGUUACCUGCGAUUCCAACAAUCACGUUAUUCGCUUAGACUUGGGCAAUUCUAACAUAUCUGGAUCUUUGGGACCCGAAUUGGCCCAACUAACCCACCUCCAAUACCUGGAGUUGUAUAGCAAUAACAUUAACGGAAAGAUUCCUGAAGAGUUAGGAAACUUAAAGAACCUUAUUAGUAUGGAUUUAUAUGAUAACAAACUUGAAGGAAAUAUUCCAAACUCCUUUGCCAACUUGAAUUCACUCAAAUUCCUACGGCUAAACAACAACAAGCUCACAGGAUCCAUCCCAAGAGAACUCACCCGUCUUCAAAAUCUCAAAAUCAUUGAUGUUUCCAAUAAUGACCUCUGUGGAACAAUACCAGUAGAUGGCAACUUCGGAUCUUUCCCACCGGAAAGUUUUGAAAAUAACAGACUCAACGGUCCAGAACUGAAAGGACUGGUUCCUUAUGAUUUUGGAUGCUAAGAAAGGUAGAAGAAGAAUUCUACUGGUCUCCUCAGAUUGCUAUGAUAUGAAGAAGCUUUCUUUACUUGGGCAGUUAGCAGCAGUAUCAGAGAUGUAUGGUUGCCACAAAAUGAAUCUAAGUAGUAGAAUACACUUGUAUGUCGAUAUAUAUAAUAUAUGCAAUGUAAUGUAGUAAGGUGAUAUUAGCAUCUGUCUCUGGUUGCAGGCUGCAUAGCAAGUGUUUCUGACUAGGAUCAUGUUAAGUAAACGUAUCUUGUAGUAAUUCUUUUUUGUUCUUAAAUACUCAUAUAAAGUAAAAGGCUUUAAUACUUUAUUUCUGAUUCCUGAA